GCCAUCGACAAGUGGGUUCAAAUUUUAAAAAAUUGGCGUCAAACAGUCAGUUAUAAUUAUGGAAUUGAAGAAAUCAAUAGCAAAGACCAAUUAGAAACGGAGAUAAUAGAAUUUAUAUUAGGAAUACGACAA